AAAUAUAAAUACUUUAAAACAGUAUUCAACAGAAAGUUGUUAUUAGAGGCAAUGUCCAAUUCAUUAGUAAUAGUGUUAAUAACGAUAGCUUUACUGCUGAAGUUCCUACAAACCUGGAUGCAAGGACCUAAGUGUUUAUCCAAAAGAAGGCUUGGUGGUAAGGUUGUUGUUAUAACUGGAGCAAACACUGGUAUUGGAAAGGAGUGUGCUAAGGAGCUGAGUAGAAGAGGUGCUAAAGUAAUCAUGUUGGUUCGGAGCUUGGCAAGAGGAGAAGCCGCAGCUAGAGAAAUAAGAGGGGAAGGAGGAGAGAUUAUUGUGGAAAAGAUGGACCUCAGCAGCUUUAACAGUAUUAGAGAAUGUGCAUCAAAAUUAAAUGUAAUACUGGAUAAAAUUGAUAUUCUCCUCAAUAAUGCUGGAGUAAUGGCAUGCCCUCUAUCAAGAACAGAAGACGGACUUGAGAUGCAGAUAGGAACAAAUCAUUUUGGGCAUUUUCUACUUACCAAUCUAUUACUUCCUUUACUAAAGAAAGGUGGGCCAGGAACCCGGGUUGUGACGGUUAGCUCGGUUGGCCAUACUCGAGGAAAAAUUCAUUGGGAAGACAUGAAUUUUGACAAGAAUUUGGUUAAAUAUGGUCGUUUGCGAGCCUACAGACAAUCAAAGGUGGCAAACAUUCUGUUUUCUAAUGAGCUUGCACGUAGAGUAGUAGAUUUUGGUAUUCACACCUUCUCCCUUCAUCCUGGAGCCAUAAAUACAGACCUUUUAAGGCAUCUGUCUGAGAAACUAGGCGUGGCGGUAACUGCCUCUUUUUCUUGGUUCAUUCGACCAUUUCUUAAGACUGUUGAAAGUGGAGCUCAAACCAGUCUUUACUGCUGUAUAGAUGAAACUAUAGCAAAUCAUACUGGGAGAUACUAUAGUGAUUGCAGGGAGAUAUCCGCUGCUCUUCAGGCUACAGGAGAAGAAGAUGGAAGAAGACUUUGGGAAAUUAGUGAGCAAGUGACUGGGUUGAAGCAAAGACAUUAAUUCAGCUGGGUACUCAAUUUAAAGAGAGAAGUCUGCAUUUUGUUUUUUAAUGGUGUACGAUGAAACAAUGACGACCUGAAACCUAACAGUCAUAAUUAGAUCAUAACUCCUUUUGAGCAUGUACCAAGAAAUAUGUCUAUGUAAUAAAACAAGACAUUCGUAUAUAUCACGCACCUCUGCCCUUUCAGUAAAAGUAAAUUCAACCUAAAUGAGUUAUAAAUUCUGACGGCGUCAACUCUGUUGCACCAGCUAGACCUGCCCAUAGAGCUAGGUACAGUACAAACUGGGACCGGAAAGGUUGACCCGGAAAUUCAAAUGUACUACGGCUGCCC